CGUCCAACGUCCCCUCGUGGAACCUAGGCUGCCUACUUCUACCGCCCGCCGUCCCUCAAGCCAGUGCUAUCCACGUCUUCUUUGUCUCCGCCGCCGGUCCAGAGCGAAUUAUUAGAUUCGACAUUUCGGACCAGUAUCGGAGACGGCGCCAUCUGCCAAUCGCCACUCACCCACCGCAGCAGCCAUGGACACCACUUUCAUCACUAUUCACGACCUUAGCGAGGAUGCUCAUAUCCUCUACUCUUCCGACUCUAUCGUUGACGUUCUCGGCCACACUCCGGACGAGGUUGUCAAUCGAUCAUGCUGGGACUUCUUUCACCCGGAAGAAGUCCCGGUUGCGAAGCAGCUCCACAGCCGCGGCGUGAGGCUCGACAAGGCCUCCGUUCUGGCCUACUGUCGCAUCAAGAAUCGACAGGGUGCGUGGAUUGGGUGCGAAUGCUGCUUCUCCGUCGUCUACGAUGUCAUGGUGUGCUGCACCUCCAUCUACCGACAAGGAAUGAAUAGUCAGAAGCGUGCGGUAGACGCUCCCAUCAUCCGCAAGCUGUUCGCUUCGUCCCCCAAGGAUCCCCGUUAUCACAUGCUGUCACACUUAUCCAGCAAGUUCACCCUCGGACCCGACGAUCAGACUCACGAGCCACGAGCUGCUCUCUUCCUCAACCGCUUCACCCGGACCUUGACCGUCAUGUAUGCAACCAGCGGAAUCGAGCAGAUCAUCGGUAUCCCGAGCGAAGCCAUGAUAGGCCGUAGCUUCUAUUUCUGCAUCGAGCACAACUGCCUGGAUGAUGCCGUCCGAUGUCUUGAAUCCGCCAAAGGCAAUGAUUCCAUCGCUUAUUUGCGCUUCUUCUUCCGUGACCCGCGUCAGGACGAUCCACCUGAAGCGGCUACGUCUGAGAGUGAGGACGAUAUCAUGACUGACAUCACGGACGAGUCUGAUGCCGGAGCGGACGUCGGCGCACCUUUGACUUCAGGUGAAGAGUCUUCCAACAGCCGAUCGCACCCUUCCAACAGCAGGGAGGUCAGCGGCGAGGAGGGUCCUUCAGGCUCACGUGCCCAAUCUGGCAACAGCGCCCAUCCAUCGAACCAAGGAUCUGCGGCUCGCUCAUCCACGUCUUCCUUGCCAGCGGGCUCACCAUACUCCGAGGCUCGCGAUGAGCCCAUCGAGCUAGAAGCUGUCGUCUCUUGCACAUCAGACGGGCUCGUCGUCUGCCUACGUCGCGCCCGCCCUAUGAUCCCAACGGCAGUCUCGGCCACCCAGCCUGCCCAACAUCACGGUAUCUUUGCUGCCCCUUGGGCACCCCAGCCUGUCUUCUUCCCGCCCCUUCCACACCAACCUCCCUAUCCGCUUGGUGCCCAGCAUCCAGCUAUGGCGCAGGCAAGACCUCCUGCGGCGUUCCAGAAUGCUUUCAUGCAGAGCAUUCGCGAUGUUGCGGUCUUCGCAUGGGCUCUCGUCGGAAUCAACGGAAGCCUUGCGGACUACUCUCGCGGCAAACCGAUUGGCGAGAGCCAGCCGCCGGAGGGCUUUCCAAUUUGGGACCCCAAGCCAGGAGAGGUAUCAGCUGCGCCCUCUGGCUAUGCAUCAGGCUCUGGUAGCUCAUCGAGCAACGAUCCAUACGGCUUCGGUGACCCUGGCCUUAGCUGAAGAAGCAGGCUCAAAGCCGGCAGCAGCUGUACAACCUCGCUACUCUCUGCCAUCCGCCAGCUCGAGCGUAAUCUCUUCUGCAGUAUCAUCUCCUACGGCGAUCAGCGCGCAUUA